AUGAGGGCAGAGACUGUGGCGGCUCAGGCAGGACCUGAAUCUGUCGAUCUCUUGACCCCAACAUACCAAAUGCAUCAAACAGAGGAUUCAUUUGCUUUCACAGCAUCAUCCUUGCAUUGUACUAUCUUUGACCCUGGAGCCUUGUCUGUUGAUGGAGCUGAAUCGUGUUGUUGGAUCACAAGUACCGAUCUCCCAAGGCCAGAUUAG